AUGCCUGCGCCCUUGAUUCUCCUGUGCUGCCUUUUCCGCCUUCAAACAACUCAGGCUCAGGACAUAAAGGCGAAUUUGGUUGCUGAUCAUUCACGCAAGACGUUUCGACCUGACCAGUCUGAUGACACACUCUCAGCACUGCUAACCGAUAUCCAGUCGAAACCGAUUGACAGAGGUGAAGUGACUGAGCCGCUGCAGAAAUUCACAAACGACUUCCUUUCAUCGGCAAGAGAAAGUCUUGAACACGGAGAAGAGGACAAUAUCUUCAAAACUCUUUGGUAUGAUCCUAGCUACAAAAUACAUGAUCUCUGCGAGGAAUCGAAUUCGGGAAAGCAAACAAGUGAGCUAAUAUGGACAGAACCUGGAGAUCGCUUGCUGAAGGUAAUUGGGAACGGUGUGGUUAAAGACGGAUACAACAUGUUUCUAGCGCCAGGUCAAGCACAAGGACGUCGGACCGACGUACACGUUGCUGUCUACAUCGAAUCAAUGUCCUCCUUCAAAGCACAAACUAUGGACUUUGAAGUAGACAUGUACUUGGCAAUGGGAUGGUUCGACAGACGACUGGCUCAUAACUGCACGCAUCCUAUUCUGGUCACAAGUAAAGUGAUUGCCGACAGAAUGUGGCACCCUGACUUGUAUUUCGUAAAUUCCAAGUUUGCGUAUCUACAAGAAGUCACUACCCCUAAUUUAAUGGUUAUCGUAUAUCCGGAUGGUCUCAUAUUCAAAUCAAUGCGGCUGGACGUUACCCUCAGUUGUAUGAUGGACCUGAAGUUGUUUCCGAUAGAUUAUCAGGAAUGUCCUCUGACUAUCCAAAGCUACGCGUAUAUCGAAGAGAUUGUUAAUCUAACAUGGCAUGUUGAUCCACCUUCCUUCCCAAUAGGCUCCAACGAAGAGAUAAAGCUGAAUGACAUGACAAUCACCAGGACACGGUACGAGAAAUGCGCCGGUCCGUAUCCGAUGUUCCGCGGAUCAGCUCGCUGGAGUUGCAUCAGAGCAUUCAUUGUCAUGAAGCGGCUAGUCCUUUUCCACAUUAUCCAGACGUAUGUUCCAACAGGCAUGCUCGUGUUGAUUUCCUGGAUGUCUUUCUGGCUGGAUCCCCGAGCGUCUCCAGCGCGAAUUACUCUCACAAUUACAAGUUUGCUCACUCUUACUACAAUGAGUAAUGGCGCUCGACAAGACCUUCCACAGGUCUCAUAUAUCAAAGCGUUGGACAUUUGGUUGACAUUUUCGCAAGCACUGAUAUUUUUAGUGCUGCUAGAGUACUCAUUUGUUAGUUUCUACGUAACUAGACGGGUAUUCGACUGCUCUCACCGUACACUCCAUUUCACUUCGGAGGGCACCCCCGUUAACAACAACCAUAAGCCAACGGAGGGCGAACGGGUCAGGUUGGAUGAUGCAAUAGAAUCAUAUCCAUUUGCUCGUGAUGAAUCGCCACCUCCUGCACCAAGACUUGAAAAUGGUAGAGCAAAAUCGGGAUAUUCACUUACCAAAGGCCUUACGGCGUGUAUGAACCACACAGCGCUAUGUGGAGCCGCUGUGUUAGGGGAGAACACUCGAAUGUGGCUAGAAAGUGAGGCUGAACAUACCGCUUUAAUGUCGGCAACUCCGCACGCAACCGCUCACAUUUAUAGCAAAUAUGAUUUCACAAAGCCCUGCCAGAAGUGUGCAAUUGAAAAUGAACUCAAAGCAAGAAAAAUUGACCGAUACAGUCGGUGGGUAUUCCCCACCACCUUCUCGGUGUUCUGUGUCUGCUACUGGCUAUACUUCUCUUUUCGACGCACAUGA